UUUCAGCAACCUCUGAAAACCAUUUCUAACUUCUGAACAUAGAACCCACCCUAAACCCUAAACCGUUACGAUAAUGACAACCGAAACCCUAAACACUCCGGCGUCUGAAUCGCCAUCCAAUGGCACCGGCGAACCGAAUCCGCCGGAAAACUCCGCAACCGUUUCUCCAUCAUCUCCAGAUACCAAACCACCAGCCGAUGACGAACACGGAGAGAAACGAAUACCUACCGAAACCCUAGAUACUCCGGCGUCUGAAUCAACAUCGAACGGCACCGGUACCGGCGAGUCAAAUCCGCCGGAAAACUCCGCAACCGUCGGCCAUCAAUCUCCCGAUACAAAACCACCAGUCGAUGACGAACACGGAGAGAAACGAAAACGAACGGAAACCGAAGAAGAAACCGUUUCCGUUCAUCCGUUAUGGAAAACGAGUCUCUGUUCGUACUUCCGGCGAACCGGCGCCGCGUGUAGCCACGGCGAAACAUGCCGGUAUGCUCACGGCGAAGCGGAGCUCCGGAUCCGACCGGACAACACUUGGGAUCCGACUUCUGAGAAGGCGAAGAAGAUGAAGAAGAUGAAGGUGGAUACAGAAGGUGGAACAGAAGCUUCUGGAGAUAGAGAUGAUGGAGUUAUGAUAAAGGAUUCAAUAUCGGAUGAAGAAUGUUCUGAAUCUGCGCUUGAUAAGUGUUUUGUGAAUCUUCCGAUGAAGUGGAGUGCUGAUAAUUUAAAGAAGUUUCUUAUUGAUCAGGGAGUUGAAUACAAGUCAGCAAAGACAAGGAAAGGGAUGGUUGUAGGGUUUGUAAGCUUUGAAACAGUAGAGCAAGUGAAAGCUGCAACUGAGAAGCUUCAGGGCAAACCGAUUGGGAAUAAAAACUUAAAGAUAGUGGACGCAACUCCCAGAUCAUUUGAAAGAAAGGUGAAACCAUCAUCGGAACCAGACAAUAAGGCUGAAGAUGGAGGGUUGGUAAAUGACGAUUCUACCCCUGGAAGUUUGGUAGCGAAGGGUAGAAGUGCCCGGGAUGCUGUAACUCCACUUGCCCAUAUGUCUUAUGCAGAUCAGCUGGAGCACAAGAAGAAGAAUAUCAUGCAAAUUUUGAAAAAACUUGCUCGAAAUGGUCGCAAAGCCUGUCCUGAUGGUGUUGCACUACCAGACUGGAUAGUUAAGUCGAGGGAAAUAGCUGGUCUUGCUUGCAAACUAGAGGGUAUAAUUGAAUCACCACUUGUAAACGGAUACCGCAACAAAUGUGAAUUUUCGGUUGGAUAUUCUCAACAGGGCAAACCUACAGUCGGUUUUUUGCUUGGGAACUUCAGGGAGGGCGUGACAGCUGUUGAGGAACCUUCAGAUUGCCCCAAUGUUUCUAGAAUCAGUUGCAAGUAUGCUGAAAUCUUCCAGAAUUUUCUACAAAAUUCAACUUUUCCUAUAUGGAAUAGAAUGACUAAUACUGGAUUUUGGCGUCAACUAACAGUCCGAGAAGGAAGGAGACAGGGUGAAUCAAACAUUGCAGAAGCCUUGCUUAUGGUUCAGAUUUCAUCAGCAGGAUUUGAUAAUGAAGCUGUUAAUGUUGAACUCGAGAAAAUGGCUGAAGCUUUUGUGGCGGGAGCUUCCACAGAGUCACCAUCUUUGCCUCUUACGGUACUUGCUGUUCAGGAUCAUCAAGGGGUAUCCAAUGUAGCACCAGCUGAUGCCCCGUUGCGGACCCUACCCCUUGUUAAAUCUGAAGCUGCUCCAGAAGCAAGGAUUCAAGAUUAUAUUAAUAAUCUUGGGUUUUGCAUAUCUCCAACAGCCUUUUUUCAAGUGAACACCCUUGCAGCUGAAAAGUUGUAUGCACUUGCCGGAGAUUGGGCUUGUUUGGGACCUAAUACCUUGCUUUUUGACGUAUGUUGUGGGACUGGAACAAUUGGUCUUACUUUAGCUAACCGUGUUGGAAUGGUUGUUGGAAUCGAAAUGAAUGCUUCUGCAGUAGCUGAUGCAAAUAGGAAUGCUGAAAUAAACGGUAUAAACAAUUGUAGGUUUGUCUGUUCAAAGGCAGAGGAUGUGAUGGGAUCUCUACUAAAAGAGUAUUUGAUAAAAGAACCAGAUGGCGAUAUUGGUAAUAAAGAAGCAACUAGUGCCCCUGAAGAGAAAUCACUAGAUGCUGAAGAUAGUAAGACGCAUUGUUUUGAUAACGUUGUUGCCAUUGUGGACCCGCCCCGUGUUGGACUUCAUCCCACUGUGAUUAAAGCUCUCAGAACUCAUUCGGGUUUAAAGAGGCUCGUUUAUAUUUCAUGUAAUCCCGAGAGCUUAAUGGCAAACGCUAUUGAGCUUUGCGCUCCGUCUGCUGAUAAAACUGAAAAAGGAAAUAACAAUAACAGAGGAUGGAGAAAUAUGAGUAGUGCUAGCUUGGCCCGCCAGAGAGCCAAAUCUAUGCCCGCUUCUGACCCGUUUCAGCCCGUUAAAGCGAUGGCGGUUGAUCUUUUUCCCCACACCGCACAUUGCGAAUUAGUAAUGCUUCUUGAGAGGUGAUACAAAUAUUUAUUCAACAUCUCACAUGAGCCAGAAAGAAAGCCUUAUGUCUGUUAUUCACAUUGUCAACAACUUGAAUAUGUAACAAUUAAAAUUUUGUAUUCUAGAAAGAAUGAGAACUCGUAUUUAUAUUUUUGUUUCACA